AUGGCCACUAAGUCUGAAGCUUCAAAAUUCUACGUGGACGUCAAUCUGGGCGCCACUGCACUGUUGCUCGUCGAUAUCCAGGAUGACAUUGCCGGUAGAUUACCACAAGAUGGGCUGAAAGAUAUGCUUGCAAAUGUUUCGAGGCUGCUGAAUCUCUUCCGAGUAGAAAUUCAGUGCCGCCGACAACGGCUCUCAAAUUCUUCGAAUCAUGGUCAACUAUUUGACCAGGUCCCGCUCAUUGUCCAUCAUAUAUUCCCAGCAGGAAUCAAUUCUAAUGGAUUUAUCUCUCCCUACAACAAGCUGGCUCGUUGGUUACGAGCGUUGGAAGCCGCUGGACACUUCGACAAAGAAGCUCAAGAUCCCAAUCAUCCUCAGUAUCGCAUAGUGAAGGAACUUCGCCCAAAAGAUGAUACCUGGGGCAGCAAGGAUGAAAUUAUCAUUCCGAAACUUUCGGCUGGUAGUUUCUCUUCCUCGGAAUUACUUGGAUAUUUCCGAGCACGCGGCAUUAAGCAUGUGAUUCUAUGUGGACUUACAACGGCUGGAGCGGUGCUUGGGAGCGCUAGACUCGGAGCAGAUCUCGAUUUUCACAUAAUCAUCCCUGAGGAGGGCGUCUUGGACGAUGAUAAGGAAAUCAAUGACUUUUUGUUGGAUAAGAUUUUGCCUAGAUUCGUCGAUGUUGUCUCGGCAUCAGAUAUAGAACUCCUCUUCAAGAAAUAA